AUGGGUAGUCUACCAAGUGAGAUGCUUGAGCAGGUAAAUAACAAAAUAGAAGAAGCUUUUGAAAAGCUAAGAAAGGAAGAUCAAAAUGCAAUCAAGAGGUUAAGGGAAGAAAACGAGGUAUUGAAGGAGACCUUGCGUACUCAACAACAAGAAUUAAAGACAUUGAGAUCUAAUGCACUGGCUAAAGCAAGAUCCAGAGAGCUUUCAUCUCCAGAAAAGGGUCCAGUGAUGAAUAUACUCCCCACAUCAACUCAGGAAAAAUGUAAGGUUGGUUCCAACGAUAUCAAUCUGAAAAUAUCACCGAUAGACAAUAUUUACCUACUUUCUACCCAGUAUAGUGAUACUGACGAAGAGGAUAAUGUCAUGGAUGAAACUUCCUCACCGGUGAAGGUUAGUUAUAUUCUGCGAAGGGAAUCUGCCAUUGAAACUACAUCAUCAGGGUCCAUAUCUGUCAACCGCAGGAUCGAAACAACGCGAACAAGAACCAAGAAGCAUUUGGGCUCUUUUGGAAAUAGCAACAAUGAGAACUUUCCCACUGGAUCACCGCCUCGAAAAGCGCCACGCCACAAGAAUAUUGAACUCAAAGACAAUGAAGGUGUUGAUGAAAAUACCCCACCCAUCUUUCGUGGCAAGAUCAAAACUAAAGACGAAGUAGAGCAAAUUGCCGAUUCGCAGGAGGAGGAUACCACCAUCAUCAGCCAAGCAGUUGCUACACCAACUUUAACCCCCCCAAUUGAGAUUCCAAAGAAUUUAACCCUGAUCCAAACAAGACAAUAUCUUUCAAGUUACUACGUAAGUAUGCUUAAAAUCGACUCCAAUUUCAAAAUAAACUUGUUUCGUAAUCCGAUAAAACAGAUAUCAUGGGAUUUUAGUGAUUUUGUCGCUAAUAAGAACUAUAAACCUGAUGAUUUCACCCAAUUUAUCAAACGAAACUCCAUUAUGGAUGCCAAAAGAUUUAAUCAAUACAAGCAGUUCUACAACUUCAAUCACAAUGAACAAGAAUUUGAAGAUAAACUACUGCAGAUAUUUGAAAAAUUUGAGUCUCCCCCAGGAUUUAUGCAACUGGAUUUUCCAAGUACGCAGGAGUUGGAUGAAAGGAAACGGACUAUUCAAGAACGACAACUGAAUCGACUUGCAAGAAGAAUAGCUAGUUGUGUGACUGUUGAGAAUGAGGUUCAGGUAGGUGAGUUUGUGUUUGGUCUUGAUAUUUUGAAUCAAUAUGUCGUUCAGGGGCGUUGGUAUAUUGAAGAAAGUUGA